AUGGCAGCUCAAACAGCCGUCACCCAAUAUGUGACGGCCAACAAUGGCGUUCGCUUCGCUUACCGCCGGAUCGGGACGCAGGAUGGCAUACCACUGGUGAUGCACAUCCACUUCCGCGCAAACAUGGACCUCUGGGAUCCUCUGUUCGUCAACACCUUGGCCAAGGCCAGACCAGUCAUCAUCUUCGACAAUGCCGGUGUCGGGCGGAGCACGGGCGAAGUUCCAGACACCUUCCAGGGUUGGGCCGACGACUUGCUCUCGUUCGUAGAUGCCCUCGGCCUUAGCAAGAUCGACCUUCUCGGCUUCUCCAUGGGAGGCUAUGCCGUCCAGAUGGCUGCCUUGACAGCACCACAGCUCAUCCGCAAACUGAUCCUCAGCGGCACCAGUGCUUCCAAGCCUUCAGUCGAGCAUGUCGCUGGUGUGGUGUGGCCGCGUGAGGACGCGCCAGCAGCGCCCAUCAAAGCUCUCAAAGAUGCAGUGACGCAAGACGAAGUCAAGGAUGCAUUGGCUUUCUCGUUCUUCUACCCCGACGAACCCGGCCGCGCUGCUUUCCAGAAAUACUGGGUCCGGGUGCAGGAGAGGACAGCAGAACCACUCAUUCUCGACCUUUUGGAUCGCGACGGUGGAGCGAAGCGUCAAUUCGCUGCGGCCAUUCAUUCCUACAAAGACAAUCCGCGUGCGUCGUUCGGCAGGCUGGGUGAACUUAUGAUGCCGGUCUUGGUGGCCAACGGGGACAAAGAUCUCUUGAUCCCGACGAGCCGCAGCUGGGAGUUGAUGACGCAGAUUCCAACCGCACAAUUGAUCAUCUACCCUCGCGCUGGACAUGGUUUCAUCUGGCAAUAUGCCGAGUUGUUCGCAACUCAUUUGAAUAUGUUUCUUGACGGGUCCGAGUUUGACAAUUUCUUGCCCAAGUUGUGA